AUGGACAUCUGUCCUUAUGGUAUCUCCGAAUAUACUGGGGAAUCGGUCAAGUUUGUUCCCAAGUAUCUAACACGUGAUCACCCUGAAUAUGACGCCAGAACACCAAAAGAAGCGAGGGACAAAAUGAACUUGUACUGCGCUCAUCCAGCAUGUUACUCCCAUCCUUGUCUUAACGGAGCGACUUGCGUUGAAGAGCUUGAUGGGUAUAGCUGCUCCUGCCUCGGAGGAUACAUCGGAAUACAUUGCGAGCAGCUUGUCUGCCCAGUCGGUUGGGUGUAUGGGCACACAAAGUGUUUCCUGAUCGUGAACUCACUCCCGGACGCUGCUUGGACGACUGCUCGUGACUACUGUAAUGGUCUGGAUGCAGUUACCAUGGGCAACGGGGAAAUGGUUGAGCCUUCUCUGCUCUUCAUAGAGAAUGUGGAAGAAUACGAUUUGCUGAAGCCUCACCUGAAUGAACUCAGGAGCUGGAUAAACUGCAAGUAUGUCAAUACAUGGAAGUGUUACACAGACAGAGCAGGGACCAAAAGUGACUACCGAAAUUGGGCACCAAAUCUACCAAGGACCAGUAAUAAAUAUAAGUGUGCGAUGCUGUGGACGGACAACGGUUCAAUGCACAACCGCGUUUGUACGCAUCAGGAUGCGUAUCAACCUAGCACUGUUUGUCAGGUCAACCUAUAA